AUGGAUUUCAGCUCUCCUUUUACUCUGCAGUGCUUGCUGGUGAUAAUAACUGUUACUCAUGGCUCUGUCACCUGGACCGGUGUGCUCAGCGGCGGCUCAGCGGUCUUCUCUGUGGGAAUUCAGAGCCUGCAGAACCUCUCCAGUAUGAGCAAGAGGGACAUGAAAUGCUUGACAACUGUCUCGAGCGAUACUUUGUUGGCCGAGUGCGGCACUUCUGCCCGCAGGUGCCUGAACUUGCAGAAUGGCUCCCUAGUGCUGAAGACUGUGGAGAAAGAGGACGAAGGAAAAUAUGAGUUUGUUUUUCACAACACUACCAGAGUUUUUACGCUGCAAGUAUUUGAGCCAGCCAUUGGUAUCCGGUGCUUUCCUAAUGGGACUGGAGAGUUGUCCUGUGACGUGAACAGCAACGAGAGCACCAGCUUUCAGUGGCUGCUGAAUGGCACCGCGCUGAGUGCCCCUGAGGCUUGCAUUAAGGAUGGCGGGAAGAAGGUUCGCCUGGACAAAACCGUGCCCGGGGAGUUUGUAUGUGAGGUUUACCACGGGAACAGCGUCACCAGGACCAGGCCUGUUUUUCUCUCUUGCAGCUAUGGAGACCUGCUGCAGUACCCGUGGUUCAUCUACAUCCUUGCAGGGUGUGCAGGGGGCGCAGUUAUCCUGGUGGUGCUCGUGUCCUCAGUCAUAUGUUGCUGCAUGAAGAGGAAACACAAGUUCAUCCCAGUGCCUUCAGAUGAGGAGAAGGAUGAUGGACUAACAAUGUCUAUGGUCUCCAGUGAAAGUUUGAAGAGUCCCCCCAGUGGAGACCAUGUCGAGGCUCAAGCUGCCCAAAUCGACUGUCCUCCAAAGCCUGAUGCUGCCCAGACUGGUCAAGACGUUGAGCCGCAGCCACCGGCGGAAGAAAACUUGGCAGUGGAGAUAGAGGCUGAGAAAAUGCCAGACCCGAAGGUCAUAGUUGAUGUGGAAAGCCAGGAAAAUCCCUCAGACUGUUUCCCGGGUCCAGCUGAUGACUGAUCUGGCAUGCUUGCUGUUAUACCCGGCCUUGAAGCCUACAACACGCAUCCUUUGCAUCCCAUAGUCCCACUGUGUGUAAGAAUUGGUCCAGGAAAUUUCAGCAGGGGAAAGACAUGAGGUCUCAGGCCUGCUAACCUCAUUUAAAAAAAUAAAUAUAUACACAAGGAAAAGCAGAUGCUUGGCUUCAAGGCCGCAUUGCUGUGGGCUGACAGGUUCUCUAACAAACAGAACGGGGCAGCUUGUUGAUGCUUUGCCUGUUAAUAGACCUGCAGCUAAACUGUGGAGCCUGAAAUGAGACAGGCAGCUCCUCUGCUCCCUGCCACCCCAUGCCUUGCCAUGUCUCUUACAGCCAGCAGUUCCUGCAAGGGGCAGGCAUGGCAGGCAGAUUGGGGUGGCCUGCCAGUCCCAGACAGAAACAAGAACUUGCCAGAGGUUUCCUGAGAAAGCCUCUUCUCCAGAGAUUUCAAGGCAUUUUUGACAGGCCCUGCAGAAAAAAGCUCAAUGGAGGUCUCAGCUAGGUAUCUGCUGUGCUGGGUGUCUAUCUGAAUCA